GCGUAUUUUGUGCUCGAUGGAGAUGCCGUUCCGGGAGGCACGCCCCGAGGACUGCGCCGGCCUGGUUCCCCCCGACGAUUCGGCCGCUCACAAAGAGGAUCUUAGCAGCAAGAUUAAAGAACAAAAAAUUGUUGUGGAUGAACUUUCUAAUCUGAAGAAGAACAGGAAAGUAUAUAGGCAGCAACAGAACAGCAACAUAUUCUUUCUUGCUGACCGAACAGAAAUGCUUUCGGAAAGCAAAAAUACAUUGGAUGAGCUGAAAAAAGAAUACCAAGAAAUAGAAAACUCAGAGAAGACCAAAAUCAAGAAAUAAUCAACUUGAUUUUCCAUAACAAUGUGUGGCAUUUGUUGUUCUGUAAGCUUUUCUAUUGAACAUUUCAACAAAGAUUUGAAAGAGGAUUUACUGUGUAAUCUUAAACGACGAGGACCUGAUAGUAGUAAGCAGUUGUUAAAGUCUAAUGUUAACUACCAGUGUUUAUUUUCUGGUCAUGUCCUUCACUUAAGAGGUGUUUUGACUGCCCAGCCUAUGGAAGAUGAAAGAGGCAAUGUGUUCCUGUGGAAUGGAGAAGUCUUUAGUGGAAUAAAGGUUGAAGCCGAAGAGAAUGAUACUCAAAUAAUGUUUAAUUACCUUUCCUCUUGUAAGAAUGAAUCUGAUAUUUUGUCACUCUUCUCAAAAGUUCAAGGUCCUUGGUCUUUUAUAUAUUAUCAAGCAUCUAGUCAUCAUUUAUGGUUUGGUAGGGAUUUUUUUGGUCGCCGUAGCUUGCUUUGGCAUUUUAGUAAUUUGGGCAAGAGUUUCUGCCUCUCUUCAGUUGGCACCCAAACAUCUGAAGUGGCCAAUCAAUGGCAAGAAGUUCCAGCAUCUGGAAUUUUCAGAAUUGAUCUCAAAUCUACUUCCAUUUCCAAAUCUGUGGUUUUAAAAUUGUAUCCUUGGAACUACAUUUCCAAGGAGGAUGUUACCAAAGAAUGUAUUAAUAGCCUGACUCAAAUUUCAGCAGUCGUGCCAACAUUUGUGUCAGUGGUAGUAAAUGAGACCAAACUUUAUCUAAAAGAUCCUAUUGUUUCUUUAAAUAUGAUGUUGCCACAAACUCCAUUUGAUAUCCAUCACAAUAAUAUUUCUAGCAUCCCACCUACAAAAGAGACACUUCAGGUCUUUCUUACUGAUGGACAUGUGAAGGAAGUAGUUCAGCAGUUAAUUGAUGUCCUGAGUAUUGCAGUCAAGAGACGAGUCUUGUGUUUACCUGGGGAUGAAUACCUGACACCAAGUGAAGUUUUGAAAACUUGUGAUAGGAAAGCAAAUGUUGCAAUUCUGUUUUCUGGGGGUAUUGAUUCCAUGGUUAUUGCAACCCUUGCUGAUCGUCAUAUUCCCUUAGAUGAACCAAUUGAUCUUCUUAAUGUGGCUUUCAUGACUAAAGAAAAGACCAUACCAACUAGUCUUAACAAAAAAAGGAGAAAACAGAAAAAUUGUGAAAUAUCUUCUGAAGAAUUGUCUCAAAAUGCUGCUGCUGCUUCUGCUGCUGUUAAUCUUGAUAAACAAUUCAGUGUACCAGAUCGAAUCACAGGAAGAGCAGGACUAAAGGAACUACAAGCUGCUAACCCUUCCCGGAUUUGGAAUUUUGUUGAAAUUAAUGUUUCUCUGGAAGAACUACAAAAAUUAAGAAGAACUCGAAUAUGCCACUUAGUUCAGCCCUUGGAUACGGUGCUGGAUGAUAGCAUUGGAUGUGCAGUCUGGUUUGCUUCCAGAGGAAUUGGCUGGUUAGUGACUCAGGGUGAAGCGAAGUCAUACCAGAGCAGUGCAAAGGUAAUUCUUACUGGAAUUGGUGCAGAUGAGCAACUUGCAGGUUAUUCUCGUCAUCGUGUCCGCUUUCAGACGCAUGGGCUGGAAGGAUUGAAUAAGGAAAUUGAGAUGGAACUAGGUCGAAUUUCUUCUAGAAAUCUUGGUCGUGAUGAUAGAGUUAUUGGUGAUCAUGGAAAAGAAGCAAGAUUUCCUUUCCUGGAUGAAAAUGUUGUCUCCUUUCUAAAUUCCCUACCAGUUUGGGAAAAGGCAAGCUUGACUUUACCCCGUGGAAUUGGUGAAAAACUAAUUUUGCGUCUUGCGGCAGUGGAACUUGGUCUUACAGCCUCUGCUCUUCUGCCGAAACGGGCCAUGCAGUUUGGAUCCAGAAUUGCAAAAAUGGAAAAAAAUCAUGAAAAGGCAUCUGAUAAAUGUGGAAGGCUUCAAGUCAUUUCCUUAGAAAACCUUUCUAUUGAAAAGGAGAUUAAAACAUAAUAUUUUACAAUGUAAUAACAUUUACUAAAUAUUGAUUAUAUAAAAAUAAAACACUCUGCUGCUCUAUUAUUGUUUAAUGUAGUAAUUUUAAAGUUCA